GCAGAGUCAGAAAGGAAAAGGAACCCUGGAGUGACUGUGGGUUAACAGGAAAACUGAAUUUGUUCUUUACUGCAAUUGAAAGCACUGGAAAAUGUGCAAAGGAUUAGCCGCUUUACCCCAAACCUGCCUCGAAAGGGCUAAGGAGAUCAAGUCGAAAUUAGGAGUCUUACUGCAGAAGCCGGAAAAUGCCAUCGACCUCAUCAUCCCCUACCCUGAGAAGACUGAAAAGAAACCGGAGAAGCUCCAGAAGCCUGCUCCUGAAGAGGCUUCUCAAUGGCGCGAGAGUCUGGACCGGGUCCUGAACAACAGCUAUGGUCUGUCUGCCUUCCGUAGCUUCCUGCAGUCUGAGUUCAGUGAUGAGAACAUCGAGUUCUGGAUGGCCUGUGAGGAUUUCAAGAAGACCAAGAACCCAGCGAAGAUGGCUGCCAAGGCAAAGAAGAUCUACGAAGACUUUAUCCAGUCUGAGGGACCCAGAGAGGUCAAUAUUGACCACUUCACCAAGGAUGUGACCCUGAGGAACUUGGUGGAGCUUUCCCCUUCAACCUUUGACCUGGCCCAGAAGAGGAUCUAUGCCCUCAUGGAGAAAGACUCCUUUGGCCGUUUCCUCCGGUCUGAGCAGUACCAGGAGCUCCUGGUCAACUAAAUUGAGUAGCUAGGGCAGGGGUGGGUAGGUGGGGAGAUUUUAAACAGUAGCUAGAUGGUUUGAAAAAAAGAAAACUAAUGAAGAAUUUCGAUUAAAUAUUUAUAAUAAACUACUGUGUGUGUGUGUGUGCAAACUAUAAUCUGGAAGACUUUUGUUUUCCAAAAUCCAAAUUGUGAAUGUCAUAGAUAUUACAUUUCAAAAUUACAUUUUGAAUUCAGCUAAAGUGAAAAAAAUGCCUUUUGAAAUAGCCCCACCUUUCCACCCACCCACCCCCGCACACACACGCACGUUCCUAAAUUUGGACUCUUAAACUUGAUGGUUUCCUAGCAUGACCUCAAAUGUAAAUCAAAAUUUCCUUUGAAAAAAGUACAGGGAUGCACCAACACACACCAAUAUACACACUAAAUCUAUAUCAAAACAUGUAAAAGUAAUCUCUAUAGAAACCAGACAAAUCUUUAACUAGGUCAGAAAGUUAGUUCUUCAGUUUGGGAUUUGAAAAUCAUUCUUUUGAAAAAAUCCCUUAUAAACAUAACCUAACAUAUACUUACUACUUGCAUCACAGUGUUGGAACUUUGUCAGACAGAUUUAUCAUUAUGUGUAAGCUGGGCCCCAUUGUUUACCAUGCACUUUUGACACAUGGUGGUAGCAUGAAAAAGUAAAAGAGAUGGAGGAAGAAGAUGAGAAGUUUAUUGUCUCUGACCUGCUCCAUUUGGUCUGAAAAACUAAGGCAUUCCAAAUCUAUAAAGCUGAGUAACUGGAGAAAAAUGAGUAUUCCCCUACUGUAGUUGUACAAAGAAGUUGCUGGAGGUUGCUAACAGUCAUUAUUAAAUCGAUUGCUAAGGCCUAGUCACUAAAAUCUAACCACACGCAUUGGUAUUGCUUUCCGUUGCUAAAUGACAUUAGUUGCAAAGAGCUAUAAAUUGCUGCACCAAUAACCUCCUUCCAUAUCUUUGGUCAAUAGUAUAUUGCUGCGGUUCCAACAUGAAUACAUGCAUGGCGCCGACUUGGCCUCAAACACUCACCAAUUACUCAUUAUGCAGUUGUGAAACUCUGAACAGUGUGACCCAUACCGGAAACAUAGACUGUUUGCCUUGAAAGCAAAAGUGACAAGACACAGCUUUUACUUUGAAAUGGAGUAGUGCCUGUUUCAAGUUUCCCUACCGCUCAGUGGUUACAUAGUGAGUGUUUUCAAAAGAAAGAAAAACUGUAAACCAAGUCACAAGUUUAAGAUAAGACGAUGAAAAACAUUUUGCAGUUUUGCUUUUAUUAAAAAACCUCAAGAUUCACCUUAAAUGUACAACAAUGUUAAAUCAUUUUAGAAGACAUUAAAGUUUUAUCCAGAAAGAUGUGACUAUGAUAUGUGAAGUGUUUUGUGAUUUCCCCCCCUUAAGACCUUAUUGCAUGGAAAGUAGAGCAAAUGACUUUUUAAAAGGUAAAACAAAGGGAAAUUAAAGUGGAACGGCAGUAAAACAGUUGGUUGUUUUGAAUCAGUUGAUUGCCUGAAUAAUUUGUAGCAUGGACCAAAUACUUUGUCUUUUUAAUAAAAGAAUAUCUCACAUAGUGGAGUACUAUCAAUGCAUGACUAAUAUUUAUCACAUAACCUAUUUUCUAUUUUGGUUCUGGUCUGUUAUCUCACCCUCACAUAGAUAUAAAAAUGUGGAUUUUCACUACACCCAACCUUUUGGUUGUAAUGUAUCCUGUGUGAGCCAUCCUUGAGGACAGUGCUGGCUAGUUGGCUAAGUGGUGGAGCUCCUUGUCUACCACUUAAGUGCAAGUUGCUAAGAUGGGAAAAUCAAGUAGGAGGGAAUCUCAUAAAUAGAAGUAAACAGAACAGUGGUUUCAUACAAAGAAAGAUCUUUUUCCCAUGUCACAACACCAAAGCUGUACUGUAUGUAUGCAAGCCAAGUCAAUAAAAAGGUCCAGAUCUGCUUUUAGUGUAAAUUUACUUUUGAAAAACAUGGGAAACUGAUCUUGCAUGUUUUCAGCACUAGACAAUCCCUCAAGUGGCUAAUGAGAAUGAUCUUAUGAUAAAGAAUGGAGCACACAGUUAAAUCCUAAAAUCAAAGUGUAAUGUUAGCAACAUUUAUAGCAGCAUUACAAAUUCAAAAAUAUAUGCAAUAUCAGUUGAUAAAGCCAACCUUAUAUGUACUUUCCUGUUUCAGACUACAUUUUAUACUUUCAAUCACAAGUUAUUUGUCACUCUUCUAUCCUUAAGAGUAUUCACCAACUUACACAAGACUAUGCUACAAUGAGAUGUAAUGUUGGAUUUGGUGUUGGUGUGUAAUGUUGAAGUGUCCUUGAUAUAUGCAUUUAGUUAAAUGUAGCAAUCGUUGAGUGUGAUGAUAUUUACUCUUGAUUUAUGUAAUAACCAACAGAAAUAUAAUUAUAUAAUCAGCAUUUAUAAGUCCUUAUUGUUCCCAAAAAUUCAAAUAUAUCACAAAAGAAAAAAGAAAAACUAAAAAUUGUGCCGAUCUGGACAUCAGGCGUGAUAUAUUUUCUACUUUUUCAGCUUAUCUGAAUUUCUAAAUGUGUUAUUAUGAAAUGCAUCGGACCACCAAAUUGACAAAGAUUCCUUUCAGGUUUAAAGAGAAAUGACAAGGAUUCAUGAUGGCACAGAUUAGCCAGUCUGGUGUCAUAACCUGAAGAGUGAGAAGUCAUCAAUCAGCAUCAUAGAAAAAAAUUAAACAAAAUUAAAAUCAAUAAGGGCUUUAAUGGUGCUGACAAUGCAUUAUUGGAUGUAGCUUGCAUGUACGUUUUGGAGUCAAUCACAUAAAAAUAUAUAUGCACACAAUU